UUCUGAUACCAAAAUGGCAGUUCCUACUGAUGAUAUGGAAAUGGAGAAGAUAGCUGAGGAUGAACUGUCUAAACUGCAGAGACAGUUCAGGGUAAUGGAGAUCGACCGAGCAAUGGUGACGAGCAGCGUUCAGCCGACGCUGAGGGUCCAGAGGAAUAUGAUCAAGAGCCUCAAUACAGAGCUGGAAAAAAUAAUGAUGGAACUGAAGCUAACGAAGAGUACAUCGAAUAUUCUAGAAAACACCAAAACACGGGAUAAACUAAUCUCGCUCCUGAAGGAACACGAGAAAUGUUCAACAGAGGUGAGGGACCAUCGAACUACUAUCACCGAGCUGGACUUCCUCAUGAAGCAGGUGCAAAGGGAGAUCAAGGGGUUGAGAAGUAAAGGAACAGGAGGCGAAAUAGAGUACACGAACACAUUGUCGAACCAAACGUUGUUAAGUCAACUGGAGAAUCGUCUAAACACGGCCAUGAAGAAGUUUAACACAGUGAACAGCGAAAACUUCAAGAUACGGCUUGAGAUCGACAAGUUAUUGCGUGACCGGCAAUUCUUCAACAUGAUUUGGAAGAACCAAAUCAAGAGGAUGAUGGACGGUAAAGCUCAGAUCCUGGAGUUGGUGGAGCAGGCGAUUACCACGUACGACCAACGAGAAGAGUGGUGCAAUAAACUCGAUGCCUUAAAGGACAAAGCUGCCAUGGACUAUAGAAAACAUUGUUUGGAGGUACGUGAACUGCAACGCCAACUAGACCACAGCAUGAAACUUGAGGAGUUUCUACGCACAAAAGGGACUGUGAGACUGACAACCGCUGAUGCCAAGGCAGAGGCCAAACGACUGGAACAGCAAGAAGAAGAAAUGAGGGUUUAUAAUAAUUAUGUGAACAUCCUGGAGGCUAUCAAAGAGUUCACUGGUGAAGACGACGUCGACAAGUUAAUCCAGGAGUAUACGCGUCGAGAGGAGGAAAACUACGCGCUGUUCAAUUAUAUCAACGAAGUUAACAGCGAGCUGAAGAAUUUGAGUGAUAACGUUAAAAUGCUGAAAGUUGAUAUAGAUGAUGAACGAGCAAAGCACGAAGCAAAGAUGUACAAACAGCAAGAUAGUAUAGAAACACUGAAGGCUGCUCUGGAACAGAAGCGGGAAGCGACGGCCGAGCUGAAAGGAGCCUGCGACCGGAGCGCCGAAGUGCUAGCUGUGUUACUACAACACAUACAGGACUUGGCCUUAUCCUCUGAAUGCAACUCACUGCCAUUACUGAAGCUACUGGGCAAAUCAUUCGACGUGAAUGUAACUAACGCACGUCUCUACAUAAAGAGUUUGGAGAAGAAGAUAUUGGAAGUUGUUGGGGUCAUCAAAUUUGAUGAGGCCGUGCAUCGAACUUGUGACAGUAAAGAGCGAACCCCUCCGUCGACGCGCCGCCGCCGCCGCCCCGCGCCGUCCCCCCGCGCUCCUAUCAACAAGCAGGGACCCAUUUCCGUGACAGCAUAG